GAGGUGAGAAAGAGAAUGAAUGUGUGAGAGCAAGAAAGAAAGAGAGUUGGGGUUGGUUGGCACGUCGUUAUACCAUCGAUCCACCCAUGCCUUCGAGACGUUGCCUGCCUCUUGCAACAAGCUCGUUUAGGUGCGUGUUGAAAUUGGAAAAACUUGGUUGGCAGCCUUGAGGCCUUCGUCAAGUGCAAUGGAAACUAGACGACGUUCUCUUGGAUCAUUUGCUCCCAUGCUAAAGAACUAGUAUAACAUCGUUGGAUCGUGCGACGUCUUGAAUGUUGUCUUGUGGACAUUUUGUACCAAGUCAACAUUGCCUCGUCAUAGAUGCGGUGCACGAUGACACGAUAGGUUCAGGUCAGCUAGAUCGUGCCUUGCUCAGCUCUGCGGAGAUAACGUCCGUUUCAAUUUCUCUAAAUUUGGAGGUGUUGGAAGAGAAAAGCAUCGGGCCGGUCCGGCCCAGCCCAGCCCAUGUAACGAGGAGAAGGCCGGUUGGGCCAGCCAAAGCUGAAGGCAGCCCAGCAGACGGCCAGUGAUCGCAUGCACCGGAUCAAGGAGACCGGAAGAAACAAAUUAAACCCAAGACCCGGCCAACGCAUGCCCCGGGACCUCUCGAUCUUGUCUCUCUUCUUCUUCUUCUUCUUCUUCUUCUUCCAUCUCGCAAAAUAACAUUGCAGCUGCAUGCUUGAUCCUACAAAAAUGGCGACCACUAGCUCUACUUCCUGCCUCCCUGUCUCUCUGUUCAUUCUAGCUAGCUACUCUCCAAGAUCAAAUUCCGUCCUCAUCUCGCGCCAUGAAACAUCCUCUCCCUCUUCUUCAUCCCUUCUUCUCCAUCAUCAUCAUCCCAAGCUAGCAAGCCAAAUUAAGAAGGAAUCAACCAAUCAAUCAAGCCAGAUCAAUCAACCAAACCGAAUUAGCUAGAUGGGCAGCAAGUCGAUGGCGAGCGGGGUGACCUCGGUGCUGUGCUGCCCGUGCCGCUGCAUCUUCUGCGGGCUCCUCAGCUGCAUCCUCUCCGUGGUGGCCUGCGUCCUCAUCGUCGCCGGCCUCGUCUUCCUCACCCUCUACCUCCUCUUCCGCCCGCACCUCGUCCACGCCACCGCCGCCUCCGCCGACCUCGCGAACUUCACCCUGACCCCGCGCACCUGGAUCCUCCGCUACAACCUCACCGUCGCCGUCGCCCUCCGCAACCCAAACACCCGGAUCGCCAUCCGCUACGCCGCCGUCCAGGCCGACGCCUACUACCAGGGCCAGCCCUUCGGCCACGCCGCGCUCCCCGAGUUCUUCCAGGACACCGGCGAGAGGACGGAGGUCAUGGCGCAGUUCGUCGGGCAGCACCCGCUUGAGGGGGGAGUGGCGGCGGCGGCGUUCCGGAAGGAGGCCAUCGAUCAUGCCAGGUUUUCUCUGGAUGUCAAGGUCAGGGCCAAGAUGAGCCUCAAGGUUUGGGCCUUUACGGUGCCUGGGCCGAGGCCCAGGAUCGAUUGCCCGCUACUGAUCCAGCGGCGGAAUCUCACCACUGGGGCCGCCUCCACCGAGUUCCAGCCCACCGACUGCCGCGUCUGGUUCUGAAUUUUUUUCUGGUUUUCUUCUUCUGAUGGAUGGAUGGAUUCCGUGCAUCCGUAUCCUACCACUAGUUGAUUUGUUUUUUUUUCCUUGGUUGAUGGUCUCGAGCAGCACUAGUAUAUAAGUUUUUGCUGUAUUAAUCUGUAGUGAAUGUUGCAUAUUAGUUAGUUAGUUGAUUGAUUGAUUUUUUUUAUUUGGAUUUGUAUGUAUGACAGUCCACCAUGCAUGUUCCGAGAUUUGAAAUGAAAUAUAUGCUACAUCUCCCAAUCAAGAUCA